UCUGUUCUCGCGAAUUUUUGCAUUUCUUCUGUCCAUACAAUAUUACUUUUUUAUCGUUAUUAUUUUAAAGUUUAUCAAUUUAUUAGUGAACUAUAAUUAUAAUAUUUAUAAUGCAAUAUAUAUUCUUAUGAAAAUAAAAGAAAUUAAUCUAAAAAUAGAUAAGAUUUUAUUAAAAAAGUUAUUAAAUUAAAAAAAAAUUAUCGCAGCAAUGACUAUUUUUAAUCCGUGGGUGUUUUCUAUUUUGGCAUUUUGCAUUUUUUUAUCUCCAAAAAUAUUACCGAGCGCUCCACGCUGUAUUAAAAUGUUCAUUUAUUUGUUAGCUUUAAUUUGUAUAUCAAUAUGCUGCUUACCUUUUGUUAUAUGUAAAAAAAGGAGUAAUAAAAACUGUUUAAUGGCAUCCUGGUUGUGUGUACAUUUUUGUAGAAUAUUUCUUGGUAUUACAAUGGAAAUCAAAGGUCGUGAAAACCUACAGCAAAGUCAUGGGAAUGUUUUGAUCAUGAAUCAUCAAAGUUAUUUCGAUGUUUUAGCAAUUUCGUAUAUUUGGCCUGUAAUUGACAACAUAACUGCUGUGGCAAAAAAACAACUUCUAUAUGUCCCAUUUUUUGGCAUUGGCUUAUGGAAGAGUGGCUUUUUAUUUAUCGAUCGAAAAAAUAGAUCCCAAUCAAUUAAUACACUCAAUACAGAAUCUAAAGCAAUAAAUGAGAAGAACUGUAAAAUAUUAGUAUUCCCGGAAGGAACAUGCAAUAGUGAAGAAACUUUAUUACCAUUUAAAAAAGGACCUUUUUAUAUGGCAAUACAAUGUAGUUGUCCGAUUCAGCCAAUAAUUGUAACCCAUUACGACUGGUUACAUAAAGAUUUUAGAGAAAGCAAAGCUGUUAUUAAUAUACUUCCAGAAAUUUCAACUAAAGACUAUGAAAAGGAAAAUGUUAAUGAAUUAAUAGAAAUGUGUCAAAACAAAUUGCAGAAGGAAUACGAUCAAAUAAAUUUAGAAUUUAGAAAUAACCAGAAAUAUAAUAUUAAAUAAAACUAUUUAUUAAAACCAGUAUACGAUUCAAUCAAUUUUACUGGACCUGAUCUCUUUCA